GAAAAAAUAAAAUUUGAGACCUCUAAAAAGAAAAAACGAAAAAAUAAAAAAAAUUGUCCUUCGAAAACAAGCAGGGUUUUAACAAAUUCAAAAACCCUAAACAUAAUCUGCAUUGUCUUUUGUCUCUCACAAUUUUUUUUCACCAAAAUUGUUUUAUUUUGAUUCUUUGACUCUCCGAAGAAGAUGCCGUCGGAGGAUUCGAAGCUUGCGAAGAAGGAAGAAGAAGAGGUCGAGGACGACGACGAUGAAAAGCCGAUUUUCCAUGGCCUCAAGAAGAAACUCUCAAAUGCAAAUGGCGCUCGUGGUUCAGCCAAAUCUAAACCCAAACUCAAAAAGGAAGAGAGUGAAGACGAAGACGAUGACGAAGACGACAAGCCUAUCGCCAAACGGAACUCUAUUUCUAAGCCCGACAAGGAACCGAAGAAGAAGAAGAGAACAAAGGAGGUGGAGAAGAAGAGCAAGGAGGUAGAAAAUGCACCAGAGAAAAAGAAGAGGGAGAAGAAAGUUUAUGAUUUUCCUGGUCAGAAGCGAGACCCUCCUGAGGAGAGAGACCCACUGAGGAUUUUUUAUGAGACACUCUAUAAGCACAGCCCGAACAGUGAAAUGGCGCAGUUCUGGAUGAUGGAAUCUGGUUUGCUUUCCAAAGAAGAGGCAAAGAAAGUUUAUGAGAAGAAGCAGAAGAAGAGUCUUCAGCAAAAGCUCAGUUCUCCAGCCAAAGUUGUAGCUACUUUACAGCAGAGUACUAAGUCUGUUAGUGUUAAGAGAAAAUUACCAUCCUCUCCAGCUUCUUCGAACGAAAAGAAGACAACAGACUCAAAAGUUGCAUCAAAGCAGUCUAAGAAACAGAAGAUUGAAGAUGGAAGCUCUGAUGAUGACUUUGUUUUGGCUAACAAGAAGAAAAAACUAUCCUCCCAAGUUUCUUCUAAUAAAAAGAAGACGACCGUCUCCAAAGCUUUAUUGAAGCAGUCUAAGCAAAAAAAGGUUGUUGAUGGAAGUUCUGAUGAUGAAUAGGAUGAUAGCUUUAAAUUUGAUGUGUCCAAACAAAUGAGAAAGCAGCCUCAAGCAGCUGAAUUAUGUUUAACCUGAACUGAUUAGGACCUCUCACAUUUAUUUACUGUCACUUGUUAAUAUCUUUGCUGAUUGAACUUCUGUAAACACUAAUAGUGGCAAUGCAAUGCCCUCAUUGAGAUGAUGGUUUUACGA